AUGUCAUCUUCGAGACGUAGAGGUCAUGAGUCUGAUCAAGUUGAUGAAUCAUUGGAAAUUGAUAUAGAUGAACCAUACACUAUAUUAGAGAAUUUGAAUUUGGAAGAAGUUAAAGAAUUGCAUGGAGAUAUUCUGAAAUAUUUGAGCCUUGAAAAAAACCCAAAUCAUCUUGAAUUCUGGAGGGCAAUGAUCGUUGUUUGUGACGAUAAAUUAUCUGAACUUCAUGAUGAUGAAAAAAAUCAUGCAGGGAAUGUAAUUGCACCAGUAAAAGACGAAAUAAACAAGAUUUUUGAAGAUAAAACAUAUGAACAACUUCAAAAACUUCAAUUAGGAAUUCAACAAAAAUUAUCAGGAAAAGAAGCGGUGGAUAUUGAGUAUUGGGAACAGCAAUUGAAGUUAUUGACCGUCUGGAAAGCAAAGGCAAAAUUAAAAGCAAUGCAUGAAAUAGUAUUACAAAAAAGACUUGAACAACUUCGUAAAAAGCAAAGAGAAGAAGCUGUCAAAGUGCAGGAGGAAUUGGAAACUGCGCUUGCAACUCAUUCCCAGCAUGUACAAGACGCAAUGUCUGUUAAUGAUAGCAUUGACGAUGAAGAUGAAUAUGAACAUUUGAAUCUUGAAGAUAUUGUGAUUGAAGAAUAUGAUCGAUCAAUGAGUCCUGAGCCAUUCCAGAGAUUAUCUAGAGAAGAUAAACAAUUAGACAUUCUUGAGUCUGGGAAGGAUUUGAAAGAAUUGAAAGAAAAACGUAAACGUGUGCUUGAAAAUCAAUUUAUACCAAUGAGAGUACAACCUAAGAAACCAACUCUUGAAGAAGAAGAAGAAUCUUUUGUUUCGAAAAUGUUAUAUGAACGAGAAGCAGCAAAAGAUUUGGAUGAAGAUGAAACUAUUUUUAAUAUUGAAGAAGAAUUAGCUAAAACUACAUAUUUAUGGCAAGAUAAGUAUCGACCACGUAAGCCUCGUUAUUUCAAUCGUGUACAUACAGGGUAUGAGUGGAAUAAAUAUAACCAAACACAUUAUGACAGUGACAAUCCGCCUCCAAAAGUUGUGCAAGGAUAUAAAUUCAACAUAUUUUAUCCUGAUCUAAUUAAUAAAACUAAAGCUCCAACCUAUAAAAUUGAAAGGGAGCCUGGUAAUACUGAUACAGUACUAAUAAGAUUCAUUGCUGGACCGCCAUACGAGGAUAUUGCAUUUCGUAUUGUUAAUCGCGAAUGGGAAUAUUCUCACAAAAAAGGAUUCAAAUCAAGUUUUGAUCGUGGAGUUUUGCAACUACAUUUUCACUUCAAACGUCAUUAUUAUAGACGUUAA